AUGGCUUCAGCAUCCGCAGCGGAGGAGACGAGCUACGACUUGUCAGAGCCGGAAGCUUUACUCGGCUUCCUCGAAGAUGCCGGCAUCCGCCUGGUGCGCCUCGAGUACCUGGUCGAGCUCUCUGCGUCCGGGAGGCCGUUGCCACGCCGUCAAGAGGCGGAAAAGGCGAGGACGAGCUCUGGGGCGCCGGCGCUCGUAGAGAGCAGGGAGCUCCAAGAAGUGAAGAUUGACCCCGGUACCGCCCACAUGUCCGUGAUGCUCCGGCACCCGGUGCCCAGACGGGUCCGAGUCCACCUUGUCUCCAUCAGCCACAUGUGGGAGAGCAUGCAGCAUCCGGAUCCGUGGAGGUUCCAGCUGAAUGCCAUCGUGGAGGA